ACUCCACAAUUUGUUAUCAUUUACUAACAUUGACCGGAGGAGCAACUAAUAUAAAGGACAAACUGUAUGUUGAACUUUAGUGAACUAAAGGUUAGCAUGAUAGCAUUUCUCUGCAUACAUCAUAUUCAUUUAACUAUGUCUCACUCCAUUUUCCUCUGGUCAUCCAUGCCCCCCCCCAGUUUGAGAACCACCGCUAAACAUGUAUGUAUUGAAAUUGUAUAAUCUAAACUGGCAGGGGAGCUAACACAGCGUGAGGUGGUCUUACGUUCCUUUUAAGGUCCGACUACAGCUAAAGGGGUAUUCCAACUAUCUAGUACCAAGUGCUUCUUGUGUGUGUGUGUGUGUGUGUUAGUAUGUACAUGCAUAACUGUACGUGUGUAUAUGUAUGUAUCUGCAAGUGUAGUAUUUUUGGUCUAAGCAGUUUUUCUCACAUGCACGCAAGCCUGGUGCACUUAAUACAUCUGAGAAGGCAAACAAACCACAAAAAGUGGAACAAAGUUCAACCAAAAAUUGGCUGAAGAUGUUCUAGUUAAAUCAAUUUCAAUCAGUGGAAAAUUCUAAAAGCGGCUGCUGGACAAAUGUUUGCACCCUCGAAAACUUCUUCAGCUUAAUGCAAAAUCUGAGUAACGUGUGAAAUGAACUACCUCUGUAUUAAGCCUCAAAUCAGAGCCUCUCACUUCCUUUUACGCGACUGUGCACCCACAAAUAUGCACGACCUGGUAAAGACUGCUUUCCGCUGAAGGUGUAGCUUCUUUAUCUUCGACCCCUUUACUGAAACUGCCAUCACACUGGAAGAGUCUGAGCACCGGAGGGUGAAGGAUGUUCAAGUUUUACGUGCUCUUGAUUCACCUCUUUGGAGCCUAUGGUGCUCUGCUCUACGCUAACCUUGGAGACAAUGUGACUUUACCUUGUUUCUAUUCUUCCAGUGCCAAAAACCUGUGUUGGUACAAGCAGGUUGCAGGGGAACAACCUCAAAUAAUUUCCUCUUUCUACAAACAUUCAGUCACCUACAACAUCUUUUACAACCAGUUUAAAGACGACAAACGAUUUUCAGUUCACACUGGAGCAGGAUUCUAUCAUCUGAACAUUUCUAAUGUCCAGGACUCAGAUUCAGCCAUGUACUACUGUGGACAAACCAGUGUUACAGUUACUGAACUUGGCAAUGGAACAUUUUUGGCUGUCAAAGAGUCCAGCUGCAGGUCUUUCCUCCAGCAGCCGCUGUCUGAGUCUGUGCAGGCAGGAGGCUCCGUGAGUCUGAACUGCACGGUGCACACUGGGACCAGUGACAGAGAACACAGCGUUUACUGGUUCAGAAAGGAUACAGGAAAGUCCCACCUGGGGAUCUUGUACGUCCACACACACAGCAGCAGUCGGUGUGUGAAGGCCGCAGGGUCUGAGUCUCCCGCACAGAGCAGGUGUGUGUACAAUUUAUGGAAAAGGAGUGUGAGCCUGUCUGAUGCUGGGACGUACUACUGCGCUGUGGCUUCGUGUGGAGAGAUACUGUUCGGGGGAGGAACUAGACUGGAGGUUGAAGGUGAGCAAAACAUUAUCUCCACUUGUUCCCCUUCAUUUCAUGUGAUGUAUUUACAACUAAUAUCACAAAUCCAUCCAUUUUCAAAGACAAGAAACAUGUCUGCAUCCUGGGACAUGGUGUCUUAUAUAAAAUCCAAGCUACUUCUUUUUUAAUCCAAUUUUUUCCUUAGUCUACAUUGGAUUUCACAUGACGUUUACAUUUUUAUUACUUUAUUUUUCUCAGAGGAACAGUGAACUCUUCCUGUCUUGCUGUGGAGUGUGGUUGCAGCUCUACUCUUGUCUUCUAUCUUGAACAUCAUCCUCGUCCGUAUCCUCUGCGAAACGGCCACUGGAACAUAUCUGCAGUCCGAAGGGUCGAAUUCCCAGCAGAGUGUUGCAGUAUACGUAGCUGUGGACUACAGGAAGAAGCAAAGCAAGAGCAGGAAGCAGAGGAGCGAAGAGGAGGAGACGGUUUACUCUGGAGUCAGACUGACAGAGCUGGAGUGAGAAACCACGACUGCUGCUGCUUCUUUCUGACUCCUGUAACUUCAGUCAGUAUUAAUAUCUGAUAUGAGAUCAAUGGAAAUGCAUUUGAUUAUCUUUCAUCCUUUAAAGUAUAUUCUGAAAAAGUGACACACUCUUUUUUUUCUGCAUUUAUUGAACCAUAUGUAUCGUUAUUGCUUCUUAAAAGGCUCUGGUUUCUAUAGCAACAUAAAUGAUGUACGCUUGUACAUUUUAAUUCGUAAAAAGACACUGUCCUCAUCAAUGGGUUUACUGUCAUUGUUCCUGUUUUCAUCACUAUGCAUCAGUGGUUGUCAAACUUUUGAGAAAAAAACUGACACCCCCCUGACUCCACAAUUUAUUAUCAUUUACUAACAUUGACCGGAGGAGCAACUAAUAUCAAUCUCAAACUUUUCAAUAAGAUCAGCCUCAACAUUGUGUAAUUUAAACUGGCAGGGGAGCUAACAUGGCUUUAGGUGCUUUUACCCAUUUUUCCAGCUAAAGGGGUUUUCCAACAAUUCAGUACCAGGUGCUUAUAUUUUCACAGACUGAGUACUUCUCUUCAUGUCAACUGAACUGAGCGUCAUCCCUGGCCCUCUAAACUCAGCGUAAGGCCUUGUUUGUGUGUUCUCAGUAGCUGUGUGCAGUUCAACUGAUAGCCAGCAGGGGUCAGCAGACCACCUACCAUAGAAAUAACAUCAGCGCUACAUCAUGAUGCUUAAACACCUUUUGCUGUUGCCGUGACCACCAGACAGCUAAGUAUGGAAAGAUAAGUCAUUCAAAGCAAACACACCGCGGAGAGAGGCCGAAGAAGUGCGUGUGUGGUGUGUGUCCUGUUUGUUCAUAACUCGCUGAAGCCUCCACACCACAGACUUCUGUGGUCAACUGACAUAUAAAGCCUCCGUCUACACUUUGUUAAAGCGCCCGAGGGGCCGUCAGGACCCUGACAGCAACAGUUCUCAUCCUUUUGUUUUUCAGCUGAAGACUUAGGUAAAAGUGACCUCUGUUGUCAUGAAAUUUCAGCAGGCGCGUUAAAUGAGUGUGUGUGUCGGCCUUUUGUCGUCCUAAUCAAAUCUGACACAAACACACUUUGUCUGUCCUGGUGAGUUAAGUCUGAGUUUCUGGGUCGUGUAGUCAAUGUUCAGCUUUGAAGUUGUUUCUACUUGUAAAGGCGGUUAUGUGUUUUCAAGAACUGCAGCCUACUGACUAAUACGAAGAAAGAAAAGAAAAAAACAAAAGAAAAGAAAAAACAUUUCUCGCUUCUGAGUUCCCGCUCUGGUCAAACUCUCUCACAUCAAGUUCAACCAAAGUGGUUUUGUCACCUCCACCCCCCCAACCCCCCCACCCCCCUCCAGACAGGAUGUCUUUGUGGUUGAAUUUGUGUUGCUUUUUGUUUGUUGGCUACAAACGCUUCUGUUCUUCCACUCCUCACUGCCCGUGUACAUUUUUACACUUAAGUCUAUUAACAGGUUAGAAAACAAUACACAAAGCCACACUUUCAACUUCAUAUGAACAACAACUAAAAAGAAGUUCUAACAAACAGGCAUUCACACCCUGGGGUCAGCUGCCUUCACAGCAGAUAUAGAGGAAAGAGGAGGAGGAGCUUUAUGACAAGGUUGUUGGGGGCCUGGCAAAAUUUUGUUCUUGUCUAUAAUCACAUUUUUUUUUUAUUCUAGUCAAGGUUUGCCUUUAUCUUCCUGCUUUUAAAUAUAUACUUAUAUGAACGUAAAAAGAAACACAUUAAAGCUGUAAAUAGCAAGAUGCUUAAAAAAAAGGCAUUUGCUCUUUGUGUUUAGCCUUUGCGAGUUACAGAGGAAGUAUAUUCGCACCUCACUGAC